GCGCGCUCUCUCUACAUCUUCUGCUGCUUCAGUCCCUGCCUUCCCUCUUUCUUUUCUCCCCCUCUUCGUCUCUGCACUCAUUCUCCCCUGCCCAUCUCCUUUCGUUAGCUCGUAUCCUCUCCUCCAUCUCUCCGUUUCGUCUUUUUUUGUCUCUCCCCUCAUCGAUACGAACGCGAUCCCUCUCCUCGUCCUUUCCUCGUUUGCUAAAUCCUGAAGGCAGACCUCUCUUAUUCUCUCUCUCUCUCUCUCUCUUUCCGUCCCUCCCCCUUCCUCUUUACGUUUUCCCCUCCCUCCAUACUCCUUUUUCCUCAAUGCUUAAGUCAGUUAAAAGAGAUACACUGAAGAAAAGAGGGGCGAACGUCGGGCGCUGAGAGAGAGACAGAGAGAAGGAGAGAAGCUGGAGGGAGAGAGGGGAGAGGGGGGAACGGGGGUUUGGAUACAUCUCCACCUGUCUUCUCUCUGCCAUGGACUGCCUCUGCAUAGUGACCACAAAGAAAUAUCGGUAUCAGGAUGAAGAGACUCCGCCCUUGGAGCACAGCCCCGCCCACCUGGCUCACAGCAAGAGUGCUGAGAUGCUUCACAUGAGCGAUAAGAACCUGGCUGCCAUGGACUCCAUGCACAGUUAUGCCCCACACACACACAUCUCACCAAUUAAGCCAGUGUUGCUGUCCUCUGGUCAAACCCCUCUGUACACCUCUGCGGUCUCCACACUGGCGAACUCUCCACCAGUAGUGGUAAAUACAGACACACUGGAUGGCUCACCUUAUGUCAAUGGAGCGGAAGGAGAGAUUGAAUAUGAAGAGAUUACGUUGGAAAGGGGGAACUCUGGGCUAGGUUUCAGUAUCGCUGGAGGGACUGAUAACCCUCAUGUUGGAGACGACCCCAGCAUCUUCAUCACCAAGAUCAUUCCAGGAGGAGCCGCUGCACAGGACGGGAGGCUCAGAGUAAAUGACAGUAUUCUCUUUGUGAAUGACGUCGAUGUUCGGGAGGUGACCCACAGUCAGGCGGUGGAGGCCCUCAAGGAGGCAGGCGCUAUCGUCAGACUCUAUGUAUUACGCAGGAAACCCCUCGCUGAGAAAGUCACCGAAAUCAAGCUCAUCAAAGGGCCAAAAGGGCUAGGCUUUAGUAUAGCGGGUGGUGUGGGGAACCAGCACAUCCCUGGAGACAACAGCAUUUAUGUCACAAAGAUCAUCGAGGGGGGAGCGGCUCAUAAGGACGGGCGACUACAGAUCGGUGAUAAGAUACUGAUGGUGAAUAACGUGUGUUUGGAGGAUGUGAUGCACGAAGAUGCGGUGGGCACACUGAAGAACACAGCAGAGGUGGUCUACCUCAGAGUGGCUAAGCCAAACAACCUGUUCCUUACCAGCUACAACCCACCAGACCUCACAAGCACGUACUCUCCGCAUCUGGACACAGACCUUGGACAUCAAAACUUCCUGGCUUCAGAUUACCCACAAGCCCUCACUCCCACCUCACCAAGCCGCUUUUCUCCUGUGCUGCACGGCUUGAUGGGAGAUGACGACUUACCCAGGGACCCGAGGCGUGUUGUGAUCCACAGAGGAUCGACAGGUUUGGGGUUUAAUAUAGUUGGAGGGGAGGAUGGUGAGGGAAUAUUCAUCUCUUUCAUCCUGGCAGGAGGCCCUGCAGACCUGAGCGGAGAACUGCGCAAAGGAGAUCAGAUCUUAAGUGUGAAUGGCGUGGAUCUGCGGGCAGCUACACAUGAACAAGCAGCAGCUGCCUUGAAGAAUGCAGGACAGACUGUAACCAUCAUCGCUCAGUACAGACCAGAAGAGUACAGUCGGUUUGAAGCUAAAAUUCACGACCUCAGAGAGCAGCUGAUGAACAGCAGUAUGGGCUCUGGAACAACUACAUUACGAAGUAACCCUAAACGAGGAUUUUAUAUCAGGGCUCUGUUUGACUAUGAUAAGACAGCAGACUGUGGUUUCCUGAGUCAGGCCGUGGGCUUUAAGUUUGGAGAUGUGCUGCGUGUUUUGGACUGUGGAGAUGAGGAGUGGUGGCAGGCCUGCAGAGUCAGCCCACAGGGGGAUGAGGAGGAGGUCGGCUUCAUCCCCAGCAAGAGGAGGGUUGAGAGAAAGGACUGGUCGCGGUUGAAGUCAAAUGAAAGGGACCGAAGCCGAGACAGUACAGGUUCACAGGGAAGGGAAGAGUCAGUACGGAGUUAUGAGACAGUUGCACAAGUAGAAGUGCACUACGCGAGGCCGAUCAUUAUUCUGGGCCCGGUGAAGGACAGAGUAAAUGAUGACCUGCUGUCUGAGUUCCCAGACAAGUUUGGAUCUUGUGUCCCUCAUACAACACGUCCCAAGCGGGAAUAUGAGGCGGAUGGGCGGGACUACCAUUUUGUGUCAUCGCGGGAACAGAUGGAGAAAGACAUUCAGAACCAUCGUUUUAUUGAGGCGGGCCAGUACAACAGUCACCUGUAUGGAACCAGUGUUCAGAGCGUCCGAGAAGUGGCAGAACAGCAGGGAAAGCACUGUAUUCUGGAUGUGUCCGCAAAUGCAGUUCGUAGGCUACAGGCUGCACAGCUUCACCCAAUCGCCAUUUUCGUACGGCCCAAAUCACUGGAGAACGUCCUAGAGAUCAACACACGUCUAACUGAGGAACAAGCUAGGAAAGGUAUGGACCGUGCUAUUAAACUGGAGCAAGAUUUCCUGGAAUGCUUCUCUGCGAUCGUAGAGGGCGACAGCUUCGAGGAGGUUUAUCAUAAGGUGAAAACUGUGAUUGAGGAGCAGUCAGGGCCUUAUAUCUGGAUUCCCACCAGGGAGCGCCUGUGAGAGUCCACCCAGAGCCAAACCACCUCGCCCAGUCACCAUUUGGCCUGCCUGCCCUGAACUGUGGAGCUCCGACUCAUAGAAACAGAAAGAGAGAGAGGGGGAGAGAUGAAGAGAGUGAAGGCGAGGGAGAGAAGUCACAGAGACACCAGGAAAUGAUGGAGUGGAACAGCACAGGAGCUGGCCACACCGCAUCUGCCUCUCUUUUCCUCCCUUUCCUAGCUUUGUAACUUCUUUUUCUGCUUUUAACUUCCUUUCUCUGCCUUUCUCUCAGUACUUCUCUGUUUCUUUCUGGCUUUCUCUCUGAAUAACGUCCUUUCACACAGGACUGGUGAGCUAUUUUUACUCCGUCACGAACUGGGAUGCUACAAAGAAGUUUUGUAUAUUGUCAGAUUCCCUCUGGCGCUCUCCGAACAAGACAGGAAGUGGAGAGAGAUGAGCGACCGCCUUGGCUUUUACUGCAAUGAGACGUUCAAGAGCUAUUCCUGAUUAAAGGAGCUCGUUUUACAGUACUAAAGGAGAAUUUAACUGAAAUAUGAAAGUAUAUUUAUCAGUAUCAAUAAUGCGCUGAAAUCUUCAAUAUCAAAGAUAUUACGACUACUCAGAGACUGACGUUCACCCACAGUUAUCAGCAUCAAGGGCGUUUAAUUCCUUUUAGAAAUUUGAAGUGCUUGACGAGUGCUUCCUGAAAUGCAGGAAGUAUCGAGCUGGCGAAGCUAAAACGUUUGCCUCAGUCCUUCGAAUGUUCCCCUUAUUUAGUUUGCAGCUAGUUCAUCACAUUGAAUGGAUAAUAAGGAAGGAAAACGGCAAGACGCAGACUGUGACUUUCAUGCUGCACAUCAUAGAAAGCCACACGCUUGAUAUUCCGGGGUCUGUUUUCUUUGGUUUUCUUGCGCUUACAUGUAAACAUGCACAUUUAGACACACGCCAACAUAGAUUUUGUAAUGUUUGCCUUCUUCUAUUUGGAUCGUCUUGCAACAGCCAGAUUGAUGUUUUCCUUUGAGCUAAAAUUUAUUUGCUCGGUUGGAUUAUUUCCACAGCUCUCAAACACAAUGACUCCAGGCUGCUCUUUAAUGUGCAAUAUCGGGCUCUUCCAUAAUCUUCUCAUAAUGUAACAAAUUUCAGCCAUUCUUAGAUCUUGAAGUCAUCGGUAAAUUCUCAAACCGCUUCAAAAGUAAUACUUUCGCCGUUUUUUUAAACAGGAUUUCAGUUAAGAUCACAUUCAUGUGCUGAGUGGCUACGUUCACACCAUAAUCCAAUUCGUUAUAUAUCAAUUAUUGGUUUAAAUGAAUUUGUAAAAAAUAUUAUAAAUGAUAUAUUCAGUAAUUAUAUUGGGAUAUUUAAUGAUUUAUUUAUUAUCUAUUAUUUAUUUAACACCUUUCCUUCCUUCAUGUCAGUGGUUGUUUUCACUGUUCUCUGUCUUUUUCACAGCAAAGGUAAACCAAGCAUUAUAUGACAAGUAGUAGCUUAUUUUGAUGAAAUAUAACUUUCAGAUUCUUUAAAUCUCAAAUUUUUCAUUGUAGAAUAGUAGAUGUUUUGUUAGUGGCCCUUUUUUUGGAGAAUGUUUUUCUCAAAUAAGCUCAGGAUAGUUGUUAGUGAAGGCAUUGGGAAGGUGUAUGUAUUUGUGGUGUCAUCAGAAAAUACAGCACAAUCUCAUGGCAAUUUGUAACUAUUUUAUGUUUUGGUGAAUUGGUGGCUAAUUCAUAUGAGUUUGUACCAACUCAUUCAUACAAUUUUGUGUGAUCAGCCUACUGACAGUUAAGAUUUGGUGUGAUUAUUUUUCAAAAAACAAAAAACCCAAACAAAAAUAAAAAAUAAACGUACGUUUUCGUACAAUCUGCAUCGUAGGAAUUCAUACGAAAUUCCUAUUCAGCUACAAUGUGAACGUAGCCUUACUGGCCUUUCAUUCAGCCCAUCUCUAAACUCUCGGGACACACACACACACACACACACACACACAAAUACUAUCAGGAAAUUGGUGUAUUGUAUAACGUUUUAUUUUUAUGCUGUGUAUCAGAUUAUAAUGAACUCUUGUAAUCAGACCAAUGAGGCUACUUUGAUGGAUCUCAAUGGCCAGUCAGUGGACAUCAUCACACUAGUUAAUUGGUCGGUCGAUGCUUCUGCCGUCACCGAAGUGAAGAGGAUCGGGUCUUAAUGAUGCUGGAGUUUUAUUGGAAUACGAUCGUGGGUUCAUUAUGUUUGAUGAGAUAAAUUAAUGGCUGUAAUCCCAGAGAAUAAUCAUCUUAGCUAGCUAAGUUAAACAAUCCAAGCCUGCCUCCAACUAAUUACCCUUCUCAGAGCGAAAAACUCAUUUGUAAGCAAUCUUAUCCAUAAUUCUGUGAGGGUUGACAAAGCGGCCACUUCAACCUUGGCCGACAUGGGAAUGGAAGAAUGAUAAAUUGUGUUUUUUGUUUUUUUUUACCGUUUUGUGCCGUGACAGUGAUGCGGUAAAAAUCGAUACGGUGCUUUGAGCUCAGAGGGCGUCAUAUUCAAGGUCUAAAGUAAGGAUGAAAGCGAUGGUUUGUCCAGAACACGGUCCAGGGGGUUGCAUUUGAUUUAGUGAGAUUUCCUGUAAAUCAAUGCCAUGAGCAUUACUAUGGUGAUUUAUGGAAACAGUCUUUGAUUGAGACUAUUGUGAUCAAAAAAACUGGCACCGUUUGUGUCAGGGGGAAAAAAAAGAGUCUACUAAGAAGAUGAAGUGAAACACAUUUGCACUUAUUAAAGGGAAGAUUUGAUCAGACGUGAUGAACAACAGAGGGUUUCUGGUAGAAAGCAGAGGAAUGCAGAGCGAUCUGGUGGCUUGUUUACUUUCACUUAUUUCCUUUUGACUUUUUGCGUUCGAAUUUCGAUAUUUACGUGUGUUUGGAGUGCAGUGACAGUUCUUUUCUUGGCGUUAUUUUUAUUUAUAGAUUUUAUAUAAUUAUUUAAUUGUUUACUGCUCUGUUUACAUCUGGGUUUUGUGUGAAGACUGAGAUGCUUUUACUGUGGUUUCCAAAGUGGAGCUGCACACAAUCAAAUGUGAAACCUGAAACUAAAAAUUAAACUUUACUGUGAAAUUAAAUAAUAAUAAUAAUAAUAAUAAUAAUAAAGAAAGAAAAAAAAAACUUGCACGCAUACUGAUACUUUUAAAAAUGUAGCCCAUAAAUAAAUUUCCCAGAUCAUAUUAUUGGCCACAUGAGAAAUGAAAAAUAAUAGUGUAUAGUGCGGUUUGAAUGAGCUGCACAAAUGUGUGCGCACACACAUACACACACACACCACACACACAAUAUAUAUUACCAAGAGAAAUAUAUGACUUCACUCUUACUAGAAUGAGUUAUGAGUUGAAUUUAUUUAUUUAUUUAUUUAUUUGAAAGAAUCAAAUGUAUUUUAUCGAUUUGUAUUUGCCAUAACAUAUUAUUCUAAUUAUCCUGAACAGAUUUAACAUAUUGCUUUUAUUUUAAAAAAAAAGGAGAAAAAAAGAAGAAGAAUUAUGAAAAUACAACAAUGUCAUCUGAUGCAAAGUAUAUUUAAAUGAUUUAUCUUAAAAGAAAGAUUUACCAAUGACAGUGUCGGAUUAUACAAAUGUUUAAUUUCAGUGAGAUGCUUGUUGUAAAUUAGCUACAAAAAUAAUAAAACGAAUUAUGUUAA